GUUCUUCUUUGCACUUGACAGUGGUACACCGCACCCACUGGAAGGAGGCAGGGGGUAGCCUCGGAGGAAGCUGGAACGUCCUUAUUUCAUUUUCUCACCAAAAAACUAAAGAAAGAAAAAGCCUGACACUGGCAAUUCAAGCAAAUAUGGCCGCAGUAGUGUGGGGAGGGAGUCCUUCAUCGCUCAGUUAGUUACCUGGAAGCCUCUCCCCCCCCCCCCAUCUCCUUCAAUCCAACACCAUGGCUAAGCAGUAUGAUGUUCUCUUCCGACUCCUGCUUCUCGGAGACUCUGGGGUUGGCAAAACAUGUUUGUUGUGCAGAUUCACCGACAACGAGUUCCACCCAUCACACAUUUCAACCAUUGGGAUCGACUUCAAAAUGAAGACGCUGCUGAUAGACGGUAUCAAAGUGCGCAUCCAGAUAUGGGACACUGCCGGCCAGGAACGCUACCAGACCAUCACCAAGCAGUACUACAGGCGAGCACAGGGAAUCUUCCUGGUCUACGACAUCACGAGCGAGCGCUCCUUCCAGCACAUCAUGAAGUGGGCCAGCGACGUGGACGAGUACGCUCCAGACAAGGUCCAGAAGAUCCUGGUGGGAAACAAGUCGGACGAGGCGGACAAGAGGCAGGUGGCCACAGAGCAAGGAGUCAAGCUGGCCAGAGCUUACGGAAUGGACUUCUUCGAGACAAGUGCCUUCACCAGCAGGAACAUAACAGAGGCUUUUACCCGGCUGGCAGAGCAGGUGCUGGUGGCCAACAAGAAGGACCUGGAUCUUCUGCGGAUGUCUUUGAGCGACGAGCUGAACUUGACUGCUCUGGAGGAGGAGGAGGGACUGUGCGAGCGCGGGUCCUCCGACCACACUAAAGGCUGCUGGUGUUAAACAGGAGAGGACAAUUCUGUCUUUUUGCAUGAGGACGAGGACGCAAAGGGCAAAAGGUAGUCUGCCGGAGCAGGGACCGAAUGUUUAUUCACGCUUAAUCCCUGCCUUUUAUAUCCUCCACUUCAGAAAGCUUUCCUACUAGUCGCUGGACAGUUGAGGGAGCGUCUACAAAUUUCACAUUUCAUUCCCUCCCCCCUUCAUCAGACAAAAUCAACAUUAUGCUUACAGUCCAUCAUCAUUUUUCAGUAAGUACAUGCAUCCUUGAUGUAAUUCCGAAAAGGACCACAAGAGGGUGCUAAAUGUCAUUGUGAGAAGAUGUUUCACAAUAUUCUCAUUUGUCCCUCUUAUAAUUUACUUAGUUAGCUUAAUUAUGGCAUAACAUUGUAUAUAGGUAUAUAUUAGGGGUGUGAAUCUUUGGAAUGAUCCGAUUCGAUUCAGAGUCGUUUCUCCAUUAAACAUGAU